GAGCAUUAAUGUAGAAAAGUGGUCAUUUAUCAAUUUGUGAACAUUUUCGACUUUCGAGGGAAAGAAUCAAAAUCCUUGGGUGUACGUUGGGUUGAAAAUCCACACCUAAGAUUCCAGGGGAAUCUCAAGAAGAAGAAGAAGAAGAGAGUAGAUAAUGGCGACCCCGAGCAAUCCCGGGAACAUCAACCUAAGGAGUACUUUUUAAGUGUGAAGCCUCUAUCCCCUGUAGACACUAUAAUCACAGGAUUUUUCGAUCUCGAUUCAUCGCAUAUGUGGUGUACUGUGAUCUUUUUGGGGAUCGGAAAACUAAACAGGGGAAUCAGUUAAAAGAAGAACUUAAUUGGUUUUCUCUCAAAUCAAUUGCGCAAUCGCACUGUUGGCAAAUUUCGAUGCGCAGCAGCCGUCAAAUCCGAUCCCUAAAGAACGUACCCUUUCUGUGUGAUAGCCUAGAGGCACCAUGCACGUAAAAUUCAAAUUCAAAUAUCCGUCGAGGCACAAUGAAUGUUACUACUGGCGUACGAGUAAGAAUAUAUGAUGACGAAAAGUGCAUCCACGAGCACGAGACUGACCGGUCUGAUGGAGACGACCUGAGGACUUUGAUACAGAAUCUGCGGGAUAUGCAGUCAGAGAUCAACAGUUUUUUAACCACACUUAUUGAACGACGAGAUGUGUCCAGUGAAAUGAUGAAGCAAUCGAUCUCUUCGGACAUUGACUCAGAUUCCCUCGACGAAGAGAAGGAAGAGAAGAAGGAAGACGAAAUACGGACUAACCCCAAAAAAUCCAAAUUAUCCUAAAUUGUGUAGUCCAUUAAUAAAUAUUACACUGUUGAUACUUCAAUAUAGCGUACAAGUGUCGUUUUAUAAAUACAUUCUCAUUUAUAAUAGUUCCAACUGCAUGAUUCCGAAGCAUGUUAUUUUUAUCGAAUUCGCUGUACCCAUGAUGACAACUGGGUAGCGGCUAGAGCGCAAUAACACGCGUUUCCUGCGUGAGAACAAUAGCCGUUAACUGUUAAGUAUCGACGACAGACGUGGCGGUUCGAACAGCCUGGCCAAGACCCACGUACACGACUCGCGAGAAUAUGUCUACUAUAUUGUCAAACGAGGCUCAACUGCGUUACAUGAUAGAAUGGUUUCAAGAAUGGUCCGAGAUGCAGCGGAAUGAUUUUCUGGGCGUGUUGCUGGAGAAUUGUGGUCCUGCAGGACUAGUGAAUGGAUUGGUGACUGGAAUGGAGAAGUUGAAUUGCGAAUCUGACAGGCCACCUAGCUUGUUUCAGUGUCGCGUCAAGCUCUUCAGAGAGUGGAGUAGCAAUUGGUCGCAAUACGAGAAAAAUUCUUUGUUGGCAGCUAUUAAGAAUACAGACAGUAAGUUUGCUGAAAUGUAUGAAGAAAGAUUAUCAUCAUUAGGAGAAGACAAACAGUAAUAAGCAAGCAUUUUAUGCUGUAUAACUUACAAAUUCCAAACAGAGAGACAUGUAUGUCUGUUUUAAAAAUUAAUAUAAAUU